CGGGAGUCGUAGUCUCCGGGGAGUCCGGCGGGGGAUGCGCGGCUUCUGCGGAAGCGCCCGCGGCUGGCUGCGGCUCUGCGGAGGCGGCGUCCCGGGGCGCGGCGGGAGGCGAGCCAUGGCCGAGGCGGCCGGCUUGAUGGGCCAGAGGAUCGUCUGGGUGGACCUGGAGAUGACCGGCCUUGACAUUGAGAAGGACCAGAUCCUGGAGAUGGCCUGCCUUGUCACAGAUUCAGGGCUGAACAUCUUGGCCGAAGGUCCUAACCUGAUCAUCAACCAGCCAGAUGAGUUACUUGAUGGCAUGUCAGACUGGUGCAAAGAGCAUCAUGGGAAGUCCGGUCUCACCAAGGCAGUGAAGGAGAGCACGGUCUCCCUGCGCCAAGCAGAGUACGAGUUUCUGUCCUUCAUCCGACAACAGACUCCGCCGGGGGUCUGCCCUCUCGCAGGAAAUUCUGUUCAUGCCGACAAGAAGUUUCUUGACAAGCACAUGCCACAGUUCAUGAAACACCUGCAUUACCGGAUCAUCGACGUCAGCACCGUGAAGGAGCUCUGCAGGCGCUGGUAUCCUGAGGACUACGAGGCCGCUCCCAAGAAGUCUGCUGCUCACAGGGCCCUGGAUGACAUCCGGGAGAGCAUCAAAGAGCUGCAUUUCUACAGGAAUCACAUCUUCAAAAGGAGAACAGACGAAAAGAAAAGGAAACUGUUGGAAAACGGGGAAAGCGAACAGCCUCUUAGUUGAUCCCGCAUCCCGAUCCUUUAGGAGAACCUCCAGAGCCCGGGGCAGUCUUCCUGCUGAAGAACAGAACCUCCUUUCAGCUCCGUCGCUUUCUCAGAAGGGCGACGUGACAGGAUCCCGGGUGUGAGAGGCAUUUCAAGGCUGCCUCAGUUGAGAAGUAGAGAAUACUUGCAGUCCUUGGAGAAUGGCUUCCAUUUGGCCCCAAACACCCCUCAAUUGUUUUAGAAUUAAAAUCAAACCGCUCUGCAAAA